UGCGCUCACGGGGACCCUCCUCCUUCUCGGUCGGACCCGAUCAGCCAUCUCCGCCGUCGCCGUCCGACGACCUCCUGCCAGCGCCCUCUCUCGCACGAGACUCCUCUCCCCCGGUCCCCAAGCCUUUCCGGCGAGCCUCUUUGGUCGUCUGGUUCGAGCCUCUCUUCCUCCGAGCAUCUCGGUUCGCAGACAUUGCGACGCCGCCGCCCAUAGUUCGAUUCAUCCCGAACUCGCCCUCUAGCCGCCGCCUUCGAGCCAGUAUAGGAUUGCUUGAGCAUAAUGAAGCAAAUUUUGAAGAUAAUAGCCUUGUUGGUGACUAUCUCUGCCAUGUGGAUUGGUCUCCUGGAGAUGUCUGUAGUUCCACAAAAUCAGACUUGGUUGCUGCCAAUAUACUUCAUUGUUUCACUGGGAUGCUAUGGGUUUCUAAUGGUUGGCAUUGGCCUAAUGCACUUUCCAACUUGUCCUCACGAGGCAGUGUUGUUGCAGCAGGACGUUGUCGAGGCCAAGCAUUACUUGAAGCAAAGAGGAGUCGAUGUUGCUUCUGAAUGAUUUGACUUACUGAACUCAUUUACACACAGAACAUUCCAAUUUGACUGGAAAUUGAUCUCCGAGUCUUCUGGGAAUAGAGCAGAUGAACAUUUACUCAAGUUUUUCGUCAAUAUUGAGCGUUGGGUUAAGUCAUCAUCUAUUAAUGAAAAGUAAUGCUCUUGGUUCUCAUGCUUGUAGGCGAAAUCGAAUUUUUGUUCAUUGUCCACCAUCCUUUGGCCAUUUUUUAAUGUAUAGUCGUACAGCUCUUUCUCUCUCUCUCUGGGUUCUUUUAAUUAUGUGUUCUUUGAUGUACUGAUUGCCUUUGAUUAUAGACAAUGAUAUAAUCAUUGAUUAUAGACA